AAAUUUGAACCAAAUCAAUCCCGAGGAAAAGUGUUAGAAACGCGUGAAAACAAUGGCGUUAGCGAUUCUCUUCGCGGUCACGAUAACACUAGUGGCGGUUUUCUUCUUGUUUUCGAAAUGGCGCUACACUUACUGGAAACGCAGGGGUUUGACCCAACUAGAACCGGACUUUUUCUACGGUAACACGAAGAAGAUGUUCACCGGAGAGUUAUCCACCGCAGAAACUUACCGGGAAAUCUAUCGGCAGCUGAAAUCCAUGAACAUUCGGCACGGCGGAGCCUAUAGUCUUUUGAAGCCGGUCUACAUACCGAUAGACCCCCUGAUAAUAAAACACAUCAUCCAAAACGACUUUCCCCAUUUCACUGGCCAUGGGUUCUAUUACCACGAGAACGACAUGCUGUCCAAAACUCUGUUCAGAAUGGACGGACCGCAGUGGAAAAUUCUGCGGGCCAAGAUGACCCCCGUUUUUACCGUCGGCAAGAUCAAGAUGAUCUUCGAGACCCUCGUCGAGAAAAUAAUCCACUUGGAACGAGUGGGGAGACAGUGCGCGGCGAAAGGGGAGCCCGUUCACAUUAAGGAUAUCGCAGCCCGGUUCACCAGUGACGUCAUUGCGAGUAUAGCUUUCGGCAUCGAAUGUCAUUCCAUGGAGGAUCCUGAUGCCGAGUUCCGCGUCUACGGCAGGAAAAUAUUUCGACCGAGACUGCUCAAGACGUGGCUCGAGGAGAUCGUUCCGUGGAAGAUUCUAGGUUAUACCGGAUACAAAACGCAGGGCGGAGGUGACAUCGAACGCUUUUUCCAAAACAUCGUGAGAGAUACGAUAGCGUACAGGGAAAAGAACAACGUCUUCAGGAAGGACUUCUUGCACUUGCUCAUACAGUUAAAGAACCGCGGCGAACUCAGCGAAGACGGCAGCAUCGUGAAAGAGAAGAUUGGUGAUAACACCGUAACCGAGGAAGAAAUCAUAGCCCAAUGCUUCCUGUUCUUCAUCGCGGGCUUCGAGCCUUCAGCCACGACGAUGACCUUCGGUCUGUUUGAGCUUGCCCGGAACCAAGAGGUCCAAGACAAAGUCAGAGAAGAGGUACGGACGGUGUUGGAGAAGUAUGGAGGGAAGUUCACGUACGAGGCUGCCCAAGAGCUCGUCUACACCGAGAAAGUGGUGCAAGAAACGCUGAGGAAGUAUCCGCCUCUGUCGACGCUCACACGAGUCUGUUCCAAAGACUACAAAGUGCCAGGGUCGGACCUGGUUAUCGAGAAGGGCACGUACGUUCAGAUCUCCGCCUGGGGACUCCAUCUCGAUCCCGACUACUUUCCAAAUCCGGAAGUGUUCGAUCCAGAGAACUUUAGUGUAGAACGCAAAGCCGCCAGGCCAGAUUUUACCUACUUGCCAUUUGGAGAUGGCCCAAGGAUUUGUACGGGUUGGAGGUUCGGGUUGAUUCUAAGCAAGUUGGGCCUCGCAGCUUUGCUCAAAGGUCACCGCUUCGCCGUCAACGAGAAAACAAAACUUCCCAUCCUGAUGGAGAAAGGUUCGAUGAUAAUAACCGCCCGUGGGGACGUUUGGUUGGACAUCGAGAAAAUCGACUGAUUUUCCCACCUUAUCGGCACCGUGUAGUCGUUAUUAAAAUAAAAUUAUAUGC